GUGGAGGACGAGGAGGCGGGUUCGAGCCGCAGCCCCGCUCGGGGCCCCGAGCGCUGCCGCCUGCGCUUCCGCGGCUUCCGCUACCCCGAGGCCGGGGGGCCGCGCGAGGCGCUGCGCCGGCUCCGGCAGCUCUGCCGGCUGUGGCUGCGGCCCGAGACGCACAGCAAGGAGCAGAUCGUGGAGCUGCUGGUGCUGGAGCAGUUCCUGGCCGUCCUGCCCGCGGAGCUGCGGGCCCGGGUGCGGGGACGGUGUCCGGAGAGCGGCGAGGAGGCCGUGGUGCUGCUGGAGGGUCCGCAGAGGCAGCUGGACGAGCCCAGGCCGCAGGUCCCAGGUGGUGACCAGGGGCAACGGCUCUGUUCCAAGAUGGCAGUGUUGACACCGGCUCGGAGGUCCCGAAGUCCCCAGUUCCAGCCGGUGAAGGCGCUGCUCGAGCGUGAAUCUGUGGGACCCCAGCCCUCCGCCGACGGAGGUGGCGAAAUGCAGACUAAGAUCAGGGACUUGCCUCUAGGUGAGGAGCACCCAGAACAGGAGCCCGGGCAGACACCGUGCCACCUGGGCGAAGCCAUCACCCAGCUACACACCUGUGCAGAAGCUGGAGAGCGGGAGGGCAGCUUACAAAGGAAGCAGAAAAUCACCACCGGGAAGAGGCGGCACGUUUGCCAUGAAUGUGGAAAGAGUUUUGCUCAGAGCUCAGGCCUGACUAAGCACAGGAGAAUCCACACGGGCGAGAAACCCUACGAAUGUGAGGAGUGCGGCAAGUCCUUCAUCGGGAGCUCUGCCCUCAUCAUUCAUCAGAGAGUCCACACUGGUGAGAAACCCUAUGAGUGUGACGAAUGUGGCAAGGUCUUCAGUCACAGCUCAAACCUCAUCAAGCACCAGAGAACUCACACUGGGGAGAAGCCCUACGAGUGUGAGGACUGCGGGAAGGCCUUCAGCCAGAGCUGCAGCCUCCUCGAACAUCACAGAAUCCACACGGGGGAGAAGCCAUAUCAGUGCAACACAUGCGGCAAGGCCUUUAGGCGGAAUUCGCAUCUCCUGAGACAUCGGAGGGUCCACGGUGAUAAGGAUGUUCAGGAUCCGGAACGUGGAGGGACUUGGGAGAAUCAGGGGAGGGUGGAGAGGUCCGAGGGGAGUGUUGAGGCCCUCGUGUCUUACACAUGUGAUGAGUGUGAGAGGAGUUUCACUAGGAGCAGGAGCCUUAUCGAACAUCAGAAAAUCCACACAGGCGAGAAACCCUAUCAGUGUGACGCGUGUGGAAAAGGCUUCGCCCGAACUUCAUACCUUGUUCAGCAUCAGAGAAGCCACGGUGGGAAAAAAAUUCUGUCCCGGUGACACAGGUCUUACAUGCCAGCGUUGGUGCUCAUUCCUCACUGAGGUGACACUGCCCGGGAGGCCUUCCUGAGUGCAGGAAUUGUGGGCCGGGGCCAUUCUGACCACCGCAUGGCAACAGGCACGUGAGAAAGCACUGAGUGUGGCUUAGGUGCAUUGUCUUCUACAUUUGAGAAGGUGGCUGGGAAAAUUGUUUGAAAGGAGGCUGUGGAGAGUUCUCUGUGGGAAGUAGGACCCGAAAUGGUUUGCUCUCAGCUGUUGGACUUCAAGGGCUUCCAGACUGGCUCAUGCCCCUUAGCAGUCACUUAAUGAUAUGUCCUGGGUCAGUGGCUCUGGCUUGGGGCCUGCCGCUCCGACUGCUUUGGCCUACAGAAUCCGUCACCAGUGAGUGGAUCAGUGACAUCUUACCCCACAUUGUGCCUCACAUGCAGGUGCUACAAACAUUUAUUAAAUGUACUGGUGCAUCGACCUUCCUGUCUCUGAAAAUCUGGUAUCUAGAUUUCUGAGGAAUUUCUAACUGAGGCCAUUUUUGUUUGUGUUUAUUUUUUGAAGUCUAGAUUCUGGGUCAGUCUAAUGUAUUUUUUGCCAAGUACAUAGGACUGGCAGAGUCGGGGUGGAAGAACCCUUAUUUCCUCACCAGCAUUUUCGUCACUUACAGUAAGAAUGCCUUAAACAGCUUCUUUAUCAUUAAGACGUUUUGAGACCACUCCAUCCAUACAGCUCGGUUCUUUAAUCAACAUGAAUUACAUUUGUUCCCAUUAAUUUUGCUACUCUUGAGGGGGAAAUUAUUCACAUUCAGGUAAAAAAAAAUGUCAAAUUUUCACGUCAGAUAAAAAUGAUUAUGGAUUUUGAUGUAAAUUCUAUGAUGUUCAACAAGUUGUUUCUCACUUUUUAGUUAUCUUGGCCCUCACCAAGUGCCAAGACACCAUCUGUAUCCCUCUUUUCCAACUGAGCCAACAGUGUAUCCAGGCUUAUGCUAGCUAAACUUAAACUUCCUCCAGGUCAGAGGAGUCAAACCAGAUAUCUAUAACAAGUAUCAUUCUUGUUCUCAACACUGCCCUGUGAUAGGAAGAUGGGGUCAGAGGCAACCAAUGAGGACAGGAACCCAUUGGGGUAGAGAAGCACAGUGAGAAUCCCAACUAUCCAAAAAAACAGCUCCACAACAUCCACAGUAUCAACGUAAAUAAUCAAGGCUAUGCUGUGAGUUAUAAUGAUUUUGUGGUAUCUCCUGAACCCAAAUCACCUUCUACUCAGUGCUUUAGACUAUCUUCUUUCUAGAGGCCUGAGUGCCUAACACUUGCUCCUAUCUUUACCCUGCUGUGCCAAGAGUGGAUUCUGCUUCUGAUGAAACCCCUGGCCACGUGUUGUUCUUAUCUGCCCCUGGCACCCUUCUGGAUUUCUGCUCUGAAGUACCACAGGCCAAGGGGCUUUAAGACCACAGGGCCUUCCCUGCAUCUUUCAUUGCCUUCACUACCCUCCAUUACAGUCUGACUUAAAACUUUAGCUUUUCACAUUUCUAUAGACUUUCUCCACUUAACUCUUCCCUAGCCUUUUAGCAUUUCCUUUUAAAUUAACCUCAGUUUUGUUACCUCCACAAAUCAGUCAUUUCCUCUUUAUUUUUCAGAAAUAUUUGCUAAUGGCCCUAAUUUUAAACUGUUCAUUUUUCUUUGGAGUUUGUUUCUUGUAUUAUGUGAAGAGACAUAUGAAAGCCUUUUGCAAACCAGAAAGGAUUAUUUAUACAUAUGUAACUUACUAAAAUUAACAAAAGACCACUGUGCUUCCUUUUACUCUUUUCUGCUCUUUUGAGCCCAAGAUUUCUCUGUACAGGACAGAAUACUUUUGAGUAUCUAUGUUCUUGACAGUGUAAGGGAUAAAGUACACACACGCACAUGCACUCUUGAGCUGAGGCUCAAGUACAAUUACGUUGGUGAGACCUGGACAGAAAAUAACGCCGUGCCGUGAUAAACAACUCAUAAGUGGCAAACUGAAGGCACUUCAGAGGGGAAGGUCACUUCUGGUCAUGUGCUGCUACCACAUGGACAAGGUGAGGUGUCAGUUGACAAGACUAAAAGAGUUCAUCAAAUUUAGUAAAUAAGACAAGUUUGAAGAGGUAGGUACAUUGCAGAAGGCUUCAAUGCCACAGCAAGUUUAAAUUUUAUGCAGUGAGCACCAGGGAGCCACUCACAGUUUACGGUAAAAAUAUAUCUAAGAAACUGUCAGUAUUACGUAAUUUCAAAUAAAAUUAAUUUGCUGAUAGUCUUGUAGAUAUGACACAUGUAUAAAACAAAGGUGUGUUUAUCAGUAAGUGAAUUAUUAAAUGGGUUCAUUUUUAGACUUAAAUAGCCUAAAAGAAUGGCCAAAAAUAUAUUUUUUCAGGUGAAAUUAGAUGCAGUAAAAUAAGCUGCUUGACAUAUAAGGCAGUACAUAAAGUGGAACAAAUUGCCACUUUUCAUGCUUUUUAAAUGUUUUUAAGAAUUUUAGUUGUCAGCCAUUCUACUUCUUUUCUCAACUGCAGCAACGCAGAAUCCAUUUCCUUUUCUUCUGCUUGUGUGAACAGGCAGCUGAUUUAUAGGGUAAUUUUUCUACGUGGGUAGAAGUAGUAGUUAUAACGAAAAGAGCUUUUCAUGAGUAGCAUCCUAGAUGUGUUCUUAACUUUGGUAAAGAUGCAUAUGAGCCUGCAAAAGAGAUUGUUUCUCUGCCUUCUCUUUUAGAGGGAAAAAAAUAGGAGUGACAACUUACCUCACAGGGUUGUGAGGAUCUGCUUAUUCGAACAAGUGCUGUGUAAAAGUAGUCCUUAUGUUGGAAUGACAACUGUUUAAUAACAAAGACCAUCUUUAAAACGAGUCCUGUAACUGGCAGUCUUGCUCUUACCUUGUAACAUCCCAAAUCAUGAGUGUGGUCCCAGCUCAAUUAUUCAUGAGAACUUUAUCCACUAAGUAAACUCAAUUUAUCAACUUUUCUCUAAUCCUUUUUAUUGUCUUAUUUUUCCUAAUAUGCCAAAAUAAGGUCUGAAGAAUUCAACUGAUGAAACUUUUUUUCCCAUCAGCUUUGUAUACUUUCAAAUGGAGUUGCUACUACAGAAACAUUUUGGGAUGACUACUUUUCCUGUGAACUUUUUUGUUGACAUAACGCUUUUAUUGCAAAAAUAUACUUUCAAUUCUGCACCUACUCACUUUUCUCACUUUGUUUCUGGCCUUGGCAAUCCCUCUGUAUUUAUAUCGUCAAUCUAAGACCAUGGAUUUUGAAAACAGCAAGAGUUCCUAGUGUCUUUUCCCAAUUAAUGGCUGAACACUAUGACAUAUGCCUACCUGUUCCGUGUAUUUUAUUAGGAAUUGGGUCACAUCCAAAAGAAUAAAUCUACUGUACACCUU